GAUGUACGCAUGCGUGUUACCGCUAGGUAGGAUGGAUUUACGGGUAGCACAGAUAAACAGAAGACCUGUUCGAGCGCCGCCCGUCCCACCGGGUGUGAAAUGAUGCGGAGCCGAUGACGCAUCCAGCGGAAGUAACCGAAGAAGUGGUUGCAUUAGCUUCCGGUUAGCCUAGUGAGCUUGUGGUGUGUUUCAGGGCGUUUUCAGGUGUUUUCUGGUUCUAUUCAGCAACAAUGUGUUCCGUUGAGCCUCUGAGAGAGUUUAUCAGAGAGAGACUAACUGCUGCUGCUGAAGAAAUCUUCACCCAGCUGGAAAAAACCAUCGUCCAGUACGAGGAGGAGAUCGACCGGCAGCGGAGACUGCUGGACCUCACCUGGAGACCCCGAACCGAGCAGAACCCCGCAGGCCUCCAGCAGCAGGAACCGGUCCAUCAGGACCUCUGGCAGCAGAAUCACUGCAACACUGAAGAUGUUCCCUCUGACCUGGAGUCCAGUCAGCAGAAUAUUGGCUCUGGUUUGAACCCAAAGGAACCAGAACCAAUUAAAGAGAAACUCCAUGACGUCCUCGGCUGGGGAGCGGAGCAGCUCGUUAAGCAGGAGCCUGAUCCCUGCAUGGUGACUGUCGAGUACGACGACAUGUUCCCCACUAAAGCAGAACCAAACACAACCCAGAUCUUUUCUCAGAACUCGUCUAAAGCAGAGAUCCAGAGUCAGGAGAGAAGCAACCAUAAAGACUCAGGAUCCUGCAGAGAUGAAGCUCCUAAAGCUCCAACUUCAGAUGAUCCAGACCUGAGGACGGCUGAGAACGAACCCCUCACUGAGGAGAACCUAUAUUCAUGUCAGUUCUGUGGGAAAAACUUCACCACUUGCAAGGACCUGAAGGUCCACUGGAGGACCCACAUGGAAAAGAAGCGUCAUACUUGUGGAGUGUGUGGGAAAACUUUGAGUGACCGCAGCAGUUUGAGGAAACACCUCCGGAUCCACACAGGAGAGAAACCAUAUCCUUGUGAAGUGUGUGGGAAAAGAUUCAGGAACAGCUGCGGCUUGACAAAGCACCUCCGGAUUCAUACAGGAGAGAAGCCAUUCACAUGUCAGACCUGCGGGAUGCGUUUCAACCAGAGCAGCAUUUUAUACAGACACAUGAAGAGGAAGAACCACUGAGAAGACCCCAGAGAGCUGAGGAAGACGAGUCCUGGAUCUGCAGCUGGUCCUCCAACAACAAACCAGAUGAUCGAGUUUUAUGACUCUGUCCCAAAAAAUGUUCAGCUCUGGACUGUGUCUCAUUUUCCUUAGCAGCUAGUUUGCAUGAUAGUAGUUAAAAAUAUUAGUUAUGGGGUUGUUCAGCUUUUAAGUUGGGCUGUUUGAUAAAUUCUCAGACGUGAUUAGAAUCGUCGUGUUGGUGAUCUUUCCUGAUUUUCUGAAUUCAUUCCUUUAUGAGCCACUGAGUUUGACUUAUUCCAGACAAACUGGAGUUGAUGCCCCAAUUCAACAGAAGACUUGUCAAUUUUCAUUAAUAAUAAUUUAUUGAUUAUAUUUAAUAAUUACAUAAGCCAAACAUGGAUGCAAAUUCUGAUUCCCAAUAACAUUGACCAGACUGGAAGGGUUCUUCAGACUCCACUGGAAAAAAUCCAACCUUUAAUGUCUGAGCUAAGCAUUAGCUUAGCAUGGCUCUACUGUUUGCUGGAAAGCCAAUUAGGAGAUGCUAACCUGGUGCUAACUGUAUGAAAUCAGGUCUAUAUUUCAUCUGCAGAGAAACCACAUUCUGACCCGUAGCGGUCACUUCUGCUAACCCGUCUGUUGUUCUCAGAGAUGGAUUGAUGUGGGUUUGUCAUUAGUUACCCUUUUUUUUUCAUGACGAGACAACUGGAUGAAAAUGUUAGUGGAUCUGUCAGAAAUCCAACAUGUUUGACAUUUCUGCCUAUUGUCUGUCAGUCAGAAGCUGAAAGCAUCAGUACAGCUGCUCCACCCUGUUUGGCCCCGCCCACCACCUGAAUGAUUUAAUCAUUAGUGAACCAUAGCAGCGAGUCAAACAAAGAGGUUAUACAUAAAUCCUUCCGGAAAGCCCAAAAGGAUUCAUGUUUAUUUUCUGAGUGGGCUAUAAGCCUUUUGAAACAAGGACUGAAUUGUUGAGUCUGU